UGUCAGAGUUUCAAAAGGUAAAAAAUGAAAAAGAGUUAUUAAUUUGAAUAAAAUACUGUUUUAAAAAUGCAGAGAUAAAUUUCUUUGAUAUUCGAGGUAUAAUAGGUGCUAUUUGCUAUUAUAGAUGAAAAUGUUCUCUGUGAAGAAUAUUUAGAGCUUGUGGCACACUAAUUCUAAACUAAACCGUAAUUCAGAGCGAAAGUUGUAUUAAUACUAAACCAGCUGAAAAUCUUUUAAACGUGUUGGUGGCUUGUUCCUUCAGAAAAAAAAUCAUUCUCAGACAUAGUAGCUGAUGGUUUUUGGGAUGAAUUUGCCAAACAGCGUAGAAGGUAGCUCCGCCUUGAAAAAAACAUCAGAUUUGCUGGAAACUUUGCGAAAAGAAUUAAGUAUUAAUCGUGAAAUACCAACUAAACUAGAUGAAGUACCUAGUGUUAAAGUCGAAAUUAGUAUAAACGGAGCUAAGGAACUGCCAUGCAGAAGAAAGAAGAAGAGUAAAUACCAGAAAAUGAAAAAUAAACACUCUAGUAAACGUGAAGAUAAUGUAAUGCCUAGCACGUAUGUAAUAUUUGAAAGUAUGGCUGGAGAGGCAUUAUGUAUGACCAGCGUUUGUCCUAAAAGUUCAUCUCCCCAAUGGAAUUAUAGAUGUGUAGUUGAUUUGCCUUUAGAUUUAUUUACUCGUGAUAACAAACAGUUGAUUUUUAAAGUUUGGAACAAAUGUACAAACACUGUACUACAACCCAACAUACAAACUGAUCUUAUAUUAGGAUUCUGUGCUGUAGAUGUCAGUGUAUUGAUCGAUGGGUCUCCAAAUGUACAGGGCUGGUUUAAUAUUGUCGAUUUUUGCGGCAAACCUAACGGUCAAAUUAAUCUUUCUAUAAGUCCGUUAGAAAACGUGCAAAAAUAUAAAUACUACUGUCUGUACAAAAAUUCUACGGUCACUGGAAGAACCACUGUUAAUUCAACACCUCUGUCAACAACUUCUUCAAAUAUGACGGAAAAUAGUAGCGAACUUUUUAGUAAAACGCUUAAAAGAAAGUUUUCAGAAUUGGAUGAAAUCACUGAGCGAUUAAGAGCCAGAUUAUCUGAAGUAGUUCAGGAAGAUUCAGAUGACUUAAAUGACGUUUUAAUGGAUCAAUUUGAGCGUGACAUUAAUAACUCAGAAGUAGAUGAUCUGAAUUUAUUGAAUUUUGACCAAGAAGCUAUAAAAUUUUCAAACAAGAUUUCUGAUGUCAAAAAUAACUUAAAUGAUAGUGAUUAUGAUAGUAAAAUGUAUCGGAUUGGAGAAGAAAAUGAUCCUAAAUAUUGUAAAGUCGACGCAAAAGAUUCUGGAGCUAGAAAAAUUAAAAAUACUGACUUAAAUAUGGAUAGUGAAAAAAUAGCGUCAAAUGAACUACUGGCCAAAGGAAGCGGACAUAUCGAUAACCUAUUCAAUAAAUUAAGUUUAUUUGCUUUAGAUGCCAACCAUACUUUAACCUCAAAACCAACAAAUAAUUCAGCAAACACUUCAAGUAUAGAAAGGUUAUGUAAUGAAUUGGUUUCUCACGGCAUAGCUAGAGAGCUUAAACCUGACAGUUUGACUAGUAAUAUUAGUGCAGAUAUAUCCAAUUCGAACACUAGUUCUGAAACUACUAGUAUGAUUAUUAGUAGUAUUACUACCAGUAACAUUACUAGUAACGUUACGGAUAUUUCAGAUUGCAAACCUUCCUUACUAGAAAAUUAAGAAUUUAUAACACAAAUAUACACUCUUGGGAUACUUAAUAUUUAGCUUGUAUUGUUUUUUUCUUAUACUAAAACUUGUGUAAAAAUCAUUUUUAAUACAUUUAUGUAAUAAUAAAAGUGUAAUACUGAUAGAAAUAUAUGUUAAUAUCAAUAAAAA